AUGCAGCUCGAUAGUGGUACCGGCCCAAGCUGUUAUCCAACUUUAUGACAUAAACGCCCACGGUACCUUUUUAAAGGUAUCUGACAGUAUCUGAUUUGAAAACGCCGUAACAUUUUAAAUUACGAGCCAAAUCUAAUUACUGUUUUUUAUCCGGCUACUGGAACGUAUGUUUUUGUCUAUGGUUAAGCAAUAGUGCCAAUAGAAAAAUAAAAUAUAUGUAAAUUCCGGCGAAAAGUCUGGCCAUCUCGACUGACUAGAGGACGUGGUAACCCAAUGAGAGAUGAGCAAAUAGAUGAAGCUUAAAUCAGUCAGAUAUAGAAAAGUAUGAACUAUUUGGAGAUGAGGAUUACAACAUAAACCAAAACCAAGAAAGCUCUUCCAGUUCUGAAGAAUCUGAAAAUAAUAGUUUUUUUUUAUUAAAAACCAACUCUUAUUUGCAAAAUUAAGUAUUUAAAAGUUCUAUAGAAAUAUUAUAUCAAUUUAACUACUAUCAUUCUGAUUUUAAAAGGUAUAUGGGUUGCUAAUAUAUAGUGUUUUUGGGUCCAUUUUUUAAAACUUGUUAAUUUUUGCUUCUGUCAUCUGUUGGAAGUGGAUUUCUUCUGAUAGAAAUCCUAAAACACGUGAUAAACUAGCCUUUAAAAAUAAUAAGUACAGAAAAUAAUGAUCAUAUUGUUCAAAAAUUGAUAUUUUUUUCUCAGAUUGUAAGUGUGAGAUAUGUUUUUGGUCAUUAAAAUUUUGGAAGAAAUGUAUUAAUCCAAAUAUUUAUGUUCAUUGUUUUUUGUAAUAUAAAAUAAACCCUAUAUUGUCUACCGCUAAUCAAUAAUAUCAAAAAUACGAAUUUUGCGAAAUCGGGUUUUGUAAUACAUUAAAGCCCAUAUGCCUAAAUAAAGAAUAACGAAUUUGGGGUUAUUUAGUGUCUCAAAACCUUCCACUGACAUACAUUUACAUGCAGAAAAAAUCCCACGCUCAUACGGAAAUAAUAAGGCACUUUUUUUAGAUUUCAUCACCUCUGGGUCCGCACCAUGUGAACCUUUUAAAAGGUACUUGGGCUGCAAGCCAAUGUUUGGUAAAAAUAGCCUGGGCGUUACGAGGAUAUGUCCUUUUAAAUACACCAAACUCUUCCUGUCCCUGUCCAACUUAUACAAAUUGUAAUCUACACAUCCCAUUCUAACUAUGUAUAUUCGAAGAAUUAUGGUCAAGGUCAAUACAAUUUUGUAGCGUUAUGUUAGUUUGAACUUUGAAGUUCGUAGUCGGGAGCCGGUUGCGCCACACGGGUCGGCAACGGUUUUGAGUUCGUGAAAUAAUACAAGAAAAUUUAGUAACAAAGUGGCGUUAAACGAUGGACCGGUAUUUCGUUGGUAUUGUAACCAAAGACCGAGUAGUUGGGGUGCCAGAAGGCACUGCAAUACAUUUGCCACUGCAUAAAAAACGACCACGGUCUUGGCACCCAGAAGGUGCGACUGUAUCUAAUACGGCUCCGCGGUCUCCACCUCCAAGCUUUCCAGCUCCAGUGACACCAACCCCUUCACCCUCACCAGCAGCGUCACGCCAGCAUGAUCAUAAUGUAACUUUAAAAAAAAGGAAACUGACUACGGAUAAACCAAUAUCCCAAUCAGGCAAUGUUCUUCCCUUGCGGGAAUGGGAAAUAGCAGACCUUAUAAAUAAUGAUUACGGUAGUGAAGACGAUAAUGAUGACAUGCGUGAUGGUGAGGAUGGACCAAUGUUCCCCAUGUCCUCAGUUCUGCCGCGUAGCCAAAGAGCUUGGUUAUACGACUUGAUUGAAGAGGAGCAAGUAUCUGAAACACAGUCGGUAUCGCAGCUUGCGUCCCCACCGGAGAUGCCUCCAAAAUACAAGAAAAAACGCGACUAUCCUGACAAUGAGAAGCCUAGAUGUAGUGGUGUUUCGGCUAACGUCCCUAGAAUUAGAGAGAAAGUCAAUCCAUUGGAUACUGAUAAAUUACAAAGACUUUUUGAGGAGGCCUCAUCGUCAUCUCUGAGUGGUUCCAGCGUUCAUGACGUUCUCGAAGAAUCAGAAAGAUCCGCUGACGAGCAAGAUCCACGAUGCGCUAUGAAUAGCGAUGAGUCUGGUUCUCGGGAACAUGAUCCAUAUUCAGAUUCUGCUGGAGAAUAUGGUUCAGACAGUGAAUACAAUCCAGCUGAAGACCAAACAGUGCUAUCCGAUUCUUCUGAACAUCAGCAAGAUCAUGGUGAUUCUGAUCGUACAGUAAGUGAUAUUCCUAACCAAGAAUUUUCAGACAUGCAAGCAAACUUACGCAUGACCCUAGACCCAACUUUGAACGAUGACAUCGAUCCCAUGCCACCAAAUUCUACUAGAAGUGUUUUUUAUCCUCACUCACCUAACAGAAAUCAUAUAGUUCCAGACGAAACUCUUUCUGCUUCAUCUUCCCAAGUAUGCGUAGAACCAUUGUUAUUGCAACAAAGUGCCGAUGAUAUAAGCCCAAAUAAUAGAGAAGACCCACAAGAACAUCACCAGAGUCAUCAGAGCCUUUCGUCACCAACAAUAAAUGUUACGAGUGAUUGGGAAGAGAAUACCGAACCUAAUUUAGAAUUUGAGUUUGAUGUGACCAAUGCAGGAACACAAGUAAACCUAGAUGGGACUACAAAACCCAUACAGGUUCUAGAUUACUUAUUUACCGAUGAAUUGGUUGAUUUGAUUGUAUCCUGCACAAAUGCAUAUGGCGAAGCUUUAUGUUCCUCCAACAGACCACAUACAAGAGGUUCCCGAAUACAAACAUUUAAACCUACAGAUAAAAUAGAAAUGAAAAAGUUCUUGGGAUUGUGCUUAUUACAGGGACACCUUGAAUCUCCAAGUAUAAGAAAAUCUUUCACCAUCACCGAUCCAUUAUAUUAUCAUCCCAUUUUUUCAUACAGCAUGUCAGGCAGGCGGUUUGAGCAACUUUUGCGGUGCUUGUGCAUUUCUGAUUUGGAUUCUAAAAUCAGAAAUGCAUGCAUGCAAAGUCAAACACUUUGCGAAUAAAGUGAUAAAUAAUUUUCAAAACUUGAACCAUCCUCACAAAGAACUAUCACUGGAUGAAUUUUUGUUACAGUUCCGGGGACGUUUAUCUUUUCGACAGUACAUCAAGUCGAAAAAAGCAAGAUAUGGCAUAAAAUUCUAUACAUUAACGACUCAUGAUGGUUAUGUCCUGAAUUUCAUCAUUUAUGAAGGAAAAAAUACAGUGGAUGAAGACGGCGAUGGAUCAAAAACUGCAAAACUGGUCUUCAAAUUAAUGGAGCCUUAUUUGGAUAAAGGACAUGAGUUAUAUAUGGAUAAUUUCUACAACAGCGUAGAUUUGUCCAAAAAACUUUUAUUUCACAAAACUCAAACGAUAGGUACCUUACGAAAUGACAGGAAAGGAAAUCCGAAGACAAUGUUUGGAAAAAUUUAAAAGAGGAGAUCACGUUUGGAGAAGGAAAGGAAAUGUCUAUGUAUCAAUGUGGAAAGAUACAAGUAAUAACUGCGUUAAAAACAACCGACUUCAAACUUGCACUUGCAAAAUUCACAAAUACCUACAGACAAAAAUGCUCAUAAAAUAAA